AUGCCUACUGUUGAGCUUAAUAACCUUUUUCACGGGGAUACUCCUGAUGUUGCUAAUAUUUUUUCUGUUGAAGUGGAUACUGAAACGACUAUUAGCAGACUCAAAGAGAUCAUUAAAGAAACAAAACAAACCAUUGCCUGUUUUAAUAAUGCAAAGUUUAAAUUGUGGAACAUCAAUGAAUCAAAUGAGAAAUUGAAUAUCCUUUUUGAUAACCCUAAUGCAAAUAUUAAAAGAAAACUUGGUGGCAAGAUAUUGGAGGAAUCGGAUAAGAUUUCUAUAUAUUUUUCUCACGAGUUAAAAAAUUAUAUACAUAUUAUUGGUGAAUUAUCAGGUUACCAUCUUACUUUUAAAAGUUGUAUCCAACGAAAAGAACUUGCACCUAUGGACAAAAUUAUUUUUAAAGAAGAUUCUUUCGAACUAGAAA